GCUAACAGCAGAGCACCCGGGGCACCCACCCAGCCCACUAACCUUGGCCCUAGAGAGGAAGGCGCCUGGAUGACUGAGAGAUCCGAGGAGACCCAGAGCAGAUGUCCGACGUGGCUGGAGAACCUCAGUGGGACGGGCAGGACCCAGGAACAUGGACUGGGGGUCUGUCCCCUCCCCGCGAUCCCCCCCUCACGAACCGGCAGCUGGUGAUCACCACCGUGAUCAUCGUGGCCAUCAAACUUCUCCUGAUGACCCUGGUCCUCACCAGCAAUGCUUUCUGGUGCCAGUGGGGCUGGGACGAGCACCAAGGAAGGUGCUAUCUUUUCUCCCAGACUACCCAGUCCUGGGAAGCAGCGAGAAACUUCUGCUUAGCCAAGAAUGCUGAUCUGGUGGUGAUCAACAAUGCAAGGGAGCAGAAUUACUUGGCCAUUAAAGCUGAUUCUGUUCGUCACUGGAUCGGCUUCACAGACCAAAGGAUUGAAGGCGUCUGGCGCUGGGUGGACAAUACUCCUGAGGCAUUUACGUACUGGAACACAGGGGAGCCCAAUAACCUCAGAAACGGACUCAGGGACGAGGAUUGCGCCCACCUGCUGGAGAACGGCCUGUGGAACGAUGUACCCUGUAGUAUCUCUUACAGGUGGAUCUGUGAAAGGGCCGCCACUGUGUAAACAGCUCCCCCUCCCUCCGGCUCUGAACACAGGCUGAAAUUCAUCCCCCCCGCCGCGAGGCCUGGGCUCCGCUCAUGGCCUGCGCAUCAGCCCAUCAGCCCGUCGGUGUGAAGAUGAUGUAACUGGAAUAUGCUUCACGCAAAAGGUCUCUUGUAAGGUAUCAUUACAAAGCCUAUAAUCUACUGAGUGGGGUCAUCCUAUUUGUAUGAAUGUAUCAUUCUUGUAUCUGAAACUAGAAAUCCAACACUACAAUACCUUUCUCCCCUCCCUCAUGGAGAUAACAAGCCUGCACCCAGUGCAGGCGUCCCGAGGGGAGGAGGGUGCUGGGAGUUGGUCCCUUGCUCUGAAAGGGCUGGGAGCCAGGACUCCUGGGGUCUAUCCCUGGCUCUUGGAGGGGAGGGGAGUCUAGUGCUUAGUGUGGAGUGGGUCUUGAGCUCCUGGUCCUCCACAGUCACCUGGAAGAACUAGGAGGCACUGCGGCAGGGAGCUUAAUAAACAUGGGCACUUCCCAGUCAGAGAGGUCACCAGUUGCUGCUUGAGGCUUGGCUCUUUGUCUUUGUCAUGAGAAGCGAGUGAAGGGAAGAAGAGGCACUCCCAGUGUGGUGAGUGAGUGCAAAAUCCAGGAGCACACCUGGGCAAGCUGCAGCAGGAAGGAGGCAGAGCCCUGUCUCAGUGCAGUGAUGGAGCCCACAGCCCAAGGGGCUCCAUUAGAGAAACUUAGUUUUGGGAACCCAGGUAGCUGGAGCUGGCAAUUUGAGCAACUCCACAUGGCAUCCUGUUUAACAGCGAAAGCACAAGGAUACUGGCUAAAUGCCCUGAUCUUUGCCUUGGGUCCUGCUGCCCUACCCCUCAGUGAGGUGGAAAAGAACGAAACUUCAAAGAGAAAGAGGCUUAUUUGAUGCCCAAUUCAUAGGCAGACAGAAUAUUAUAUGUGAAAGGGCCAAAUUUAACAGGAGGCACCAGGAACAAGGGAGCAUCAGCUGAGACUUUUAUUACUGCAGUUGCUAGUCUUGCUGAACAUUACAGAUAUGGUGUGAUGCUGGUAAAGCAAGUACGAGCUCCGGCCAUGGCCUUAGGCGUUCAUUAGGACCUGACAAACUCAUAGCUGGAAACCAGACCAGCUCACCUGUAUGUUAGUUUUGUUCAAAGUAGGUCGUAGACUUAUAACACUGUAUUCAUUGUGUAGACUCAUGAAUUGCUGGCUGUGUUAAUCUCACUUGUAAUGUCUGUAUUCAAGGCUCUAAGCACAUUUGAACGUUUUGCUUUGUAACUUUGACAAUGUUGGCUCUGAAUUUGUGACCCCAGGCAAGAGACUCAUCCCCCCUCCCCUUGCCCACUUGUUCAGGAGGCCUAGCAAGAUUAAAUGGGCUAUUAAGGAAUAUCACAACACAAAGGAUUGGUGAACGGCCCUUUGAAGCUUUGGGAACAUGACAUGCAGAGAGUGGAAGACUAAGGUCUGGUCUGCCCUAUAUCUAGGGCCCUACCAAAUUCAUGGUCCAUUUUGGUCAAUUUUACAGUCAUAGGAUUUUAAAAAUCAUAAAUUUCAUUAUUUCAGCUCUUUAAAUCUGAAAUUUCAUGGUGUUGUAAUUGCAGGGGUCCUAAUCCAGAAACGAGCUGGGGUGUGUGUGUGUGGGAUGCAUGGCUAGAAAGGGUUAAACAUCCUGCAAAAUAAAUAACCCUCAAAAGACAUGUGGGGAGAUAAUGUUUCUGUUUUUAUGUAUUUACAUAUGUAUGAGUAGGGUGGACAAUGUAAUCAACAGUCCCUGUCUGUGCUGUAUUCUGACAACUGAGGGCUCAAAAGAACAUCCUAUCAUGUGAAUGAAUUGUAAACGGGAUAUCUCGGUAUUCAUCUCUCUUUGAAAUGUACUGUAAAUGGUGGGGGAAGUAAUCAGUGAUGGACCUCCUUCAAAGUCAUCCUAAUUACCUUUUGUUCCCCAAGGAAAUCCCAACUUGUCAAAGAGGACAUGACAUUGUAUAAAAGAGCCUUGGGUCCUGAUUCUGUGAUCUCAGAUCUGCUUAGACUUCAUCAGGGGAAGUUUGAGUCACAAGACUGAGGUCCCAGUUAUGCAGGUACACCCUGAAUAUCAGAUUUGGACAUUGGACUAUCACCUAUGAACUAUUUCCAAAAGAACUCUUUGCCACUACAAAGCUCACUGUCUCUGCUAUGAAUCUGCACCUCAAUGGAUUGAACUCAUGUCUGUCUGUACAUUGAUCUUUUAACCAGACUCUCUC